ACCAUCGUAGGUUCAGAUCUCAGAUAAGGCGGUCAGCUGGAGCUUUUUGGAGAAUUUAUCAACCGUUUGUGUGUUUAUUUUCAACUCUUUAGACUUUAUACGGGGCGAAACUAACUCCUGAAGUAAUUUUCUUCACUGGAAUUGUAUUUAAAAGUUGUAAAGCGGGACAAACCGGGGAAACGGUUACGAUUAGUCGGAUAAAGUUUAAAACAAAAUAAAGUCAAAAGGAAUUCUACUAACAACAAGAUGGAUGUUUCAACCCAGACUCUCUGAAAACUUCCAGAAAAUGUUGGACAAACGAGCUGUGGAUAUUCAUCUGGAGGAGGAAGCCGGAGGGAAAAACGUGAAGGAAGCGUUCUGCUCUCAGUAUCAGUGUGGCUCUCUGCUCGGCAGCGGGGGGUUCGGCUCGGUGUUUUCAGGACAGAGACUCUCUGAUGGACUCCAGGUUGCCAUCAAACAGAUCACCAGGGACAGAGUUCAGCAGUGGGCGAGACUGCCCGGUGUGGUCGGUCCCGUUCCCAUGGAGAUCGCUCUGCUGCAGCGACUGUCCGAGGUCGGGGGUCACAGCGGCGUGGUCCGCAUGCUGGACUGGUUCGAGGUGGAGGGGCGGGGCUUCUUGCUGGUGCUGGAGCGACCGCCUCAGUGUCAGGAUCUGUUCGACUUUAUCACGGAGAGAGGAGCGCUGCCCGAACGCCUCGCACUCCGGUUCUUCCGUCAGAUCGUGGAGGCGCUGCGGGUUGUUCACGCUCACGGCGUCGUGCACAGAGACAUCAAGGACGAGAACAUCGUGGUGGACACGAGGUCGCUCGAGGUCAAAAUCAUCGACUUUGGGUCGGGGGCGCCGCUCAAAGAGACGCCGUACAGCGAGUUCGAAGGAACUCGGGUCUACAGUCCUCCCGAGUGGAUCGUGUCGCAGUCGUACGAGGCCGUCUCUCUCACCGUCUGGUCGCUGGGCGUGCUGCUCUUCGACAUGGUAUGCGGCGACAUCCCGUUCGAGCGAGACCAAGAGAUCGUCGGGGCCACGCCCAUUUUCACCAGACGGGUUUCUAAAGAAUGUCAGUCUCUGAUUCGCUGGUGUCUGUCGUACCGACCGGAGGAGCGCCCCUCCCUGGAGGAGAUCCUGACUCACCCCUGGAUGGAGGGAGGAGAGGAGGAGGAGGAGGAGGGAGGAGACCUGCAGGAGGACCACAGCUCUCUGCCAGCUCAGUCCCUGUGACGCCACGACCCUGAACAUGAACGGCUCUGGUCAGAAUAAAACGCAACCCUGAGCUCGCAGGUCUCUGGACUCAGUCACUGUGACAGAACUGUGGACGGUCUGAGACUCGACACAGGACUCUAGACUCUUUGGUGCACCACACUGGGAUGGUGUAGUGCUCUGCUCAGCCAGCAGGGCGGCGACACAAAAACCUCACUGGAUUUAAAAAGGAUCAGCAGUGUUUUCACACUUGAAGUCCUCACUGAGGUCCUCACUGAGGUCCUCAUAAGUACACUGAUGGAUUCUUUAACGAGGUGAAAACACUGCUGUGAUCCUCUGACGGCCUCUGCUCUUAAGAAAACUAAUUUAUUUCUGCCUAAGUUUGUGGUUGAGCUGCAGUCGGCGGCUCUCUCUCUUUAUUUAUCUCUGUUGGUGGAAGAAGCAGCUUUGUUGCCAUGACAACGUGUUGUUGCUGUAUUUAUUGAGUAUUUAUUUUUGCUGAGGAUGUCGGCAGGUCGUUUUUUUUUUUUUUCUUCCUUCCAGCUCCAUCAGAGAACUCUGGUUCUGGUUUUUGUUCUUCAAACACUCGUUAGUUUACAUUUUUGGCAAAAAAAAACAAAAAACCUCUAGUGUCAAAAAUACAGAAAUAAACUACAUUAAAGGAGCAGUAUGUAACUCUGCCCCCUAGUGUUUAAAAUGUGUACUGCAGUCUAAAUUCUAAACAUCAUAUAGAGCUGUCUCCCCCCCCCUCUCUAGAGUCCAUGCUCACUCAGGUCACCAUGUGGUGGACUCUGAAGCUUCAGUGUUUAUCCAGCUCUGCAUGGGUCUGUAAACCUUUCUGUGUUCUAACCUCUCUCCAUUUUUCAAAAGCAUCUCCAAUAUUGAUCCUAGUUUGAGCACGUUUCUGCUCGUGGAGCUUAUUAGAAACAUGCAGAGGCUUUUUAGGUUGGGUACAAUCACUUCUAUCUGAACCACUUCUCUUGACCGCUUCCAUCGCUGCAACACUCACUACACAUCUCACUGAUUGGACCUUUACAUUUGAAUGAUUUUACAUCCUUUCAGUUUAUUUCCUGCUUUUUGUGCAGACGUUCACCUGACCUCAUUCUGCAUCUUUCAAUCAGAUUGAAGUGUAUUUACUGAGGUUGUCACAAAAUAUUUGAUACUUUUUCCAAACCAUGUUCAAAAAAAAAAAGAAGAAACAUCUCUUUUCUCAAUGUGAUCAAAAAAAACUGCGUCUGUUUCAUCAGACAGGAGAGGAAAGAAUCCAAAACAAAAUGGCGGACAAACACCUGCACACUUUCUGAAUUCAGACGCUGUGCAGGAAGUAUUCUUCACUGAGAAACAAAGAGACCAAACAUCAGGUUUUUAAGGCGUCUGUUUCUGUUGCCAUGGUUUCAAACAGGAUUUAUCUCAAAGUUAAUCGUUGUGAUAUCGUGAUAUGACGGAUAAUACAGCGAUAUCGUACUGCAGCUUUAAAACGAUCGUAUUCUACCGUACUUUAAAAAACAUGAGACAGGACCUAAAGACGACACUGAGGGUAAAACUACGCCCUGCACAGUAAAUCGUUUUGUAAACUGCUCCGCCUCCGGCUGCUGUGUAGCUUAGCUUGUAGCAUCUAAAGCUGUUAGCAGGGCGUCAGGUGACGAUCUGAUUGGCUGGUGGAGUCAGGCAGCAGAGAGGAGGGGGCGUGUCCAUCAGGUGCUGAUGAGACUUGUUGCUCAUAAGUCAGAAAAUGUUUGGUUGAGAAGACAUUAAAAAUGUAAAAUGAUCGUACACUCAGUCUGCAGCUCUACGUCUGGCAACACCGAUGACGACCUGAAUUUUAUUUUAUUUUUUUGAUCACAGUUUUUUUUAUUUCCCUCCAAGUUUCUGGUGUCACUCUGGAUCUGAUUCAGAUGUAUACGGGAGAAUGGUUGGUGGUGACGUCGUCCUGCCGGUGUCCGGGCGUGAUGUCGCUGUAAAUACUUGUGUAUUAUUGGCUGGUUCAGACAUCAAAGUGGCUCGUUGGGUCACUUGUUUCUGUUUAUUUACAUUAAAUAAGAAUUUAUGGAUCAAGAGAAAAAAAGAUCUGACGGCUUAAUAAAACCCGUUUUUCUCACUGCA